GGCAGUACCCAGGCAGUCAGCUGGAACUCGGCGUUGUUUUCACUUGUCCACGUAACGCUGCUAAUGCUAACGCUAACGAAGUUCCUCACCUCGACUGCCUCGUUAUAACGCCGUGAUACGGUUAUUUACCUGGUCUCAAACAGUGCGGAAUCACAGGACUCCGGUAUUUCCCUUGUAACUUUUGUAACGCGAGACUUCCGGGAAGGCGCAACAAUGUUGCCUCGCACUUUUGGUGGAUAAUGAAGAGGCUGAAAGCUGCGCUAUUCUGCCUGAGCGUCGUGCUGCUGUAUUACUGGUAUCCUGUUCAUCAUGCCCUCUGCUCAGAGCAGAAUCAACUCGGCCUACAGAAUCAGCCGCAGGCCCCAUCAGACAUCCCAGAUCAGCAGGAUGAGUCCGAGGAGAACAGAGAGGAGGACAAGGAUCUGCUUCAGGAUCCUCCUGCAGGUCACACUGUAGAACAUCAGACACAGACAGACACAACAGACAAGCCACAGACUCAGGAAACUUCACUGCAAGACGAUGUCGAUAAGGAUUUUCAGGUGGACGAGGCCCCAGCGGAGGCAGCGAUACCUGAGCCUGACCCAGAGUCUUCCGUUCCCCCAGAGGAUGAAGCUGGCUCUCCGAACACCCCCGUCUCCAUCCUUCCUGCUGCAUCUGUAACUGAAAGCCAGAGUGUUUAUGUCUCUGAGGACCUGUCCUUCCCUGCUACUGUCUCACCUGCACCAAGUGCAUGCAGUGAUGGUGAUGACUCCUGCUCUUCCUCUCCUGUCAGUCCUGUCUCCCCCACUGCUGCCUGUGAUGCAGAAGAAAACCCUUCAUAUGAUGCAGACUUUAACAGCCUUCCCCUGGUUUUGGAGAAUGGCAGCACUCCUGAAACUGGAAAGAGUACAAAGGCAGGCAUAGGCCGGGCGAGCCAGGGAACCAAUGCCUCCAGCAUGCUGAAAGAAAAGAUUGCUCCAGAUUCAACAGAAACAGGUGCAGCUCUUCCCACCAAUAAUGCAGAUGACAUUCCUACAUUUGACGAGUGGAAGAAGAAAAUGAUGGAGGUGGAAAAUGAAAAAAGUCAGACCACACACACAUCCUGUAAUGGGGGCUCUAGCACUGUUAAGAAAGUGCAGAAAACUACCAACUACGCCUCUGUGGAAUGUGGAGCUAAGAUCCUGGCUUCCAAUCCUGAAGCAAAGAGCACUUCUGCCAUCCUGAUGGAGAAUGUAGAUGUUUACAUGCUGAACCCUUGCAGCAAUAAGAUAUGGUUUGUCAUUGAGUUGUGUCAGCCCAUUCAGGUGAAGCAGCUGGACAUUGCCAAUUUUGAGCUCUUCUCCUCGACCCCCAAAGACUUUCUAGUCUCAAUCAGUGACAGAUAUCCAACCAAUAAAUGGUCCAAGCUUGGGACCUUUCAUGCCAGGGAUGAGCGCACGGUCCAGAGUUUUCCACUGGACGAGCAUUUAUAUGCUAAAUAUGUCAAGAUGUUCACGAAGUACAUUAAGGUGGAGCUGUUGUCACAUUUUGGGUCUGAGCAUUUCUGUCCUCUCAGUCUGCUCAGGGUUUUUGGCACAAGUAUGAUGGAGGAGUAUGAGCUGAAUUCUGAUCCCUCUGAGAGACUCCUCAUUGAGGACGAUGAUUAUCCUCCUGGAUAUGUUCUGUCAGAUGACGAAUCUUCAAAGAAUCUGAUUGGGUCUGCCAAAGAUGCAAUUCUUAACAUGGUGAACAACAUUGCUGCUAACGUGUUGGGUGGAAAUCCAGAAGAUGGAGGUCAGGGUGGAGGCAACUAUUCCUCCUUGCCUAUCAAUCUGACUGAGACAUCAGGAACUCCAGGUCAGACAGUCUCCCUGACCUCAUCCAAGAUUCUGAUGGAAAGUUUGGAAACAGACCAGCACGAAUUAAAAAAGAUCACUGAGACCCACUCCAUGACAGAGGGUAUAGACUCAGGUCCGAUAGCUCCUGUACCCACAGCUUCUCUCUCAGACACUGAAACACUGUCAGCUCCAGAGCCUGUUGGGACAACACCAGUCAAAGAAGAUCAGAUUGUUACUUUGCUACCUGCAGAUGAGUUGGAUGAGUCUGACAAGUCCUCCAGCUCUAUAACACAGAAGGCAGAAAAGAAGAGGGAGAAACCUCCACAGGAUCUGCAGUACUCAGCGUUGAAGGAGUACGCAGGGAAUUUCGGGGAACACACUCCUGACUCCUGUUUUCGGGUUGUUUCGCUUAAAGAAUACCUCCUGCAAAGAUGCAUUCCCCUUCCAGUUCAUCAGAAAAAGAAGACAAAAUCUCAAGAAUCACAUUCUCAACCCAUCACUUUACACAAAAUAGAAAGCUCAGUCCCAGUCAUAAUCUCAUCAUCCCUGAUGCAAGAGCUCCACACCUGGACUGUGGAGACAACCUCUCCAAUGGAAGCUUCUGUUGUCGUCGUUUCAUCUUUUUCGGAGAGUGUACAUGGGCCUGAGCCUGGAUCUGUGGAUCUGGCACCAAGUCUUACUUCAGCUCUGGUGACACUUGCAUACACUGACACCUUUGCCUCUAAAGCCACUCAUGUUGUGGAUUUUCUGGACCCUUUGGUUGUUGAGAGUUCUGAUUUGAUGCUUAAUGAAAAGAGCAAAGAUAAACCAGUGGAGGACAAAAACACUCCCAUUCUCACCUGCAAUUUGGAACCGACAUCCACUCCAGAUUUAACUACUGAAACUCCUGUCCAGAUGUCUGUAUCUACAGUAGAGAAAUCUACCACUGAAAAGCACACCUUGACUUCUAGUUUGAUAACCAGCACCAUAGAGCAGGCAACAGAAACCCCUCUAUCAACCUCCACAGAUCAGUCCUUUGUCCAACCAACUAUAAGCAAGAGUGCAACUCCUGCUGUAACACUGGCAGCGGCCCCUGUAACGGAACCCUUACAGGAGGUUUCAGUUGUAGCAGAACCUAAAAGUGAGGAGCUGGGAGAAGAAGCUGCCCUUGGAGGCCACGGUGGUAACAUUCAAUCAGGAACAUAUACAAAUGGCCAGCCAUCUUCCAGUGACUUCUAUGCUGAAAUCCCAAGCUCCACUGAGGCACCAAUCCAUGGCUCCAACCAGAAGGAGUCAGUCUUCAUGAGGCUGAACAACCGGAUCAAAGCCCUGGAGAUGAACAUGUCGCUCAGUGGCCGUUACCUGGAACAGCUCAGUCAGAGAUAUCGAAAGCAGAUGGAGGAGAUGCAGAAGGCUUUCAACAAAACCAUAAUUAAACUCCAGAACACUUCAAGGAUGGCUGAAGAACAGGAUCAAAAACAGACAGAGUCUAUACAGGUGCUGCAGAGACAGCUGGAGAACGUGACUCAGCUCGUUCUUAACCUGUCACUGCAAGUGAGCCUGCUGCAGAGGGAGGUCUCUGACAGGCACAGCUACCUGCUGCUCUCUGUGGUCCUCGGCUUGCUCAUCUGCGUCGUCAUCUGCGUUAAGUACUGCCGCGUGUCAGAGGAGAAUCUCUCGACAGAACUGGACACAUCCAUACCUAACUCCUACAGCUACUGCUGCCCUGACAGAGAUUCCCCAGGUUAUGAAGACGUGACCCCAAAGAGAAGAGCAUCUUAUCCUUUUUCACAGUCCUCUCUGCAAAUUGCUGCUACUGAAGGUCCAAAUGAAGCAUAUAAUGUAGAAACUCUGAGGAAUUCUACCGGGACUAAAAAGAAAAAGCGUUGUAAAAUGAAAUCCGGCAGAAAGCCAGAGACAAUAACUCCAACACUAUCUGUCCCCAAUGGAGGACUGCAGUGUAACCAGCACUGUCCUCACAAUCAGGACUUAAAGCUGGCUCCUCAAAGCACCGUCCCUCCUCCCUUCUCCUUUAGAGACUCUCCAUCAGAGGGCAGCUCUGAAGACUCCUCCCAGUCAGAUGAGCCUUCCUACUGUGGUAUCGCCUCCUGCAGCCGCCUCUGUGAUCCUCUACCUGUUCCAAAGAGCCGUUCGAAAAAGAGGAACCGCUUAAAAAAGAGGAGCACGGUACUGGAGCAGCUUCUACAACCUGUGGAGUGUAAUGGCCCGCCGGUCGCAUCUAAAUUCACCCUAAAUGGCUUAAUCACAGGGUCCACAGAGCUGAGCACGAACAGGCCAGGAGUCCCACUGCUUCCUAGAAAGCAGUUUUGACUCACAAUGCUAACAAUAUCUAUAACCACUGCUGAUUGGUAGGUACUAGGUAAGCUACACUCGUAGCUUUAACUCCUGUGGUAAUUUGAUUAUUCUGUGGAUUCAGGAAAUAUGCUCACAGGGUUGUGGACACUGGGACAAUCACUGAUCAUCAUCUGCGCAGCAGAGAGGCAUCAUCUGAAGUCAAAAUCAUGACUAAAACAUGAUUUAAAAUGUCCUAAUACACUGCUGUUUUCAGACGAUAAAUCAUUUGCACAGUUUUUAAAUUGGUAAGGCUUGCUUAUGCUUUACAUAGUUUUUAAGUUUAAAAAUAAUUGUGACUCAAAAUCAGAUUGCAGAAUGCUGUUUUUAUUAUAAAAAAAACCAUCAG